AUGCUUUCACUUCCCUAUCGCUGGCGUGGGGGGCUCCCCCUCAAAGUCCUUAUUGUAACCUUCGUCCUUGUAUACUGUUUCUGGUUCCUCAACGCGGCCUUGGCAAAGACCGAAUCGCCCACUGGCGACCCAUCGUUCCGCAAGCCGUCGCAUUCACUGCCGCCCCACAAUGCGCUGGGGGAUAGCCCUAUCCGCGGCGACGGCGAAGACUCGAUUGCCUCCGUCGCGCAAGUGCUGCAAGACAUCUUCGCCCUCCUUCCAGAUGAGGCCGAUCGAAAAGAUCUGAUCGAACCGAUGCAGGAGACGGGCGACGCCAAGAUCCGCGAACUUGGCGCUCGCGCCCGCGUGUUCAAAGCCUUUCUGGAAGCAUGGGAAGCGCUACAUCUGAAGCUGCCAUCAUCGUCCACCCCGGGGCCCAUCUUCGUCCGCGAGGAUACAUUGGCCUACCUCCAGCGCCACCGGGACGCGUUCGCCGCGCGGCUGGCCAUGGACCCCCCUGACCUGAUCCACGCCUACGACGAGGCGCGAACCUUCCUCACCCAACUCUCGACCGCCCUCUUCGACUGGACCCAGCCCUACUUUGGCCCCCUCAUCAACCUGCACACCGAAUUCCCGACGGGCGGGCGGGGCCUGGUCUUCACGGCGGGCAACGGGCAGGCAGUCUACCUGCUGACCUCGAUCCAGUCGCUCCGCCGGCUCGGCUGCACCUUGCCCGUGGAGGUGCUCUAUCUGGGGACCGAGGACCUGGGCGAGAAGUACCGCAAGCAGCUCGAGGCGAUCCCUGGCGUAGUGACGCGGGACCUCCGCCCGAUGAUCGACGACGAGGGCUGGACGCUGCGCGGGUGGGCGGCCAAGCCGUUCGCGAUCCUCCUGUCGAGUUUCCGGGAGGUGAUCCUCAUUGACGCGGACUCGCUCUUCUUUACUGACCCUGCUGCCCUGCUGGAGGAGCCGGCCUACCGGCGCACCGGCGCCCUGUUCUUCUACGACCGCAUCUUCGCGCCCACCAUGGAGCGGAGGCCCUGGCUGAAGAAUCUCCUGCCGGCCCCGGUGUCCCAAUCGAUGCGAAAGAAUCGCUUCUGGACCGGGCUGAGCAGUCAUAUGCAGGAAUCCGGGGUCGUCGUGGUGGAUAAAUGGCGCCACUUCGCUGCCAUGCUGCUCGUCACGCGCCUGAACGGACCGGAUCGGGAUGGUGACAAGGACGCCGGCAGACCGGGGGUGUAUGAUAUGGUCCUUGGAGACAAAGAGACCUUCUGGCUGGGCUGGGAGUUGAUUGGGGACACCCAGUACGCUUUCCACGAGGGGGGUGUCGCGACGAUGGGCCCAUUGGAAGUGGGAGACAAGAAGGAGAAGGAGGAGGAAGAAGAGAAAGAAAAGGAGGACACGCAGUAUACGGUCUGUGGGGCGCAGGUGCUGCAUCUGGAUCGCGCGGGGCGGCCGCUCUGGUUCAAUGGCUGGUUGUUUCCCAAGGUCUCAGGCGAACGGCAUCCUGUCCACUUCGAAUCCUUCAUUCCGGAACCCCCAGAUGUGGCGGGUGACGGUCAUUACGGUAUCCGGCCCAGUAACGUGUUCUGCCUGGCCUCGAAGCACAUCUCGAAUUUCACGAGCGCAGAAAAGGCGAUGUUGAAUGAAACCAUUGAGCUGGCGGAGGCGCUGGGCGCAUUUGGGACAGACUAA